GCACUUCACUUCCCUCGUCGUCUCCACUUCACUUCCCAGCUCCGCCGCCGCAUCUCGCAGCCGCGCUAGCCGGCGCAGCUGAAGCUCUCGACGCUCAUCGCUUCGCCGUUCCCGCAGCAAGCACCUGACUAUGAGCUCCUCAUCUCCACGGACGGCCAUGGCGAGGGACUCCAAGAAGAAGAAGAAGAAGCGCCUGAAGGGGAGCCCGGUGUCCAAGCUCACGGACGACAUCCUCGCAGAUAUCAUCUCGCGCGUGCCGUACAAGUCGACCUGCUGCUGCCAAUGCGUCUCCACGCGCUGGCGCGACCUCAUCUCCCACCGCGAGCACCAAAAGAAGAUGCCGCAGUCCAUCGCCGGCUUCUUCCACGAAGGUUCCAACGCAUUCCGCUCCCCCAGAAAUGCUCGUUAUUUUACCAAUCUGUCGCGCCAACGCUAUCCUCUGGUCGACCCCUCAUUGUCAUUCCUGCCCGAUUGCGAGCGCCUUGACAUCUUGGACGGCUGCAAUGGGCUCCUCCUCUGCCACUGCUGGAUGGCUGUGGAUCCCAUGGCAUUUUAUUAUUAUGUGGUGUGCAAUCCCACUACUGGGAAAUGGGUGGCCGUGCCUGCCACUGACGGGUCCAGCAUGGUGAGCGUUGCUCGCCUGGUUUUUGACCCGGCCGUUUCAUCCCAUUUCCAAGUAUUUGAGUUCAUAGAUGAGCAGUCACGGGGUAUAGCCGAGGACGAGCUCGAUGCUGAUUGCUGUGGACGCAUCGAAGCAUUAGCAAUUUAUUCGUCCAAAACUGGAGCUUGGAAAUAUCAAACAGUUGAACAUGGUCCAUUUGUGAUACCCGAGAAUUCAGUAAGUGCAUUUUUUAAUGGGAUCUUGCAUUUGCCUGCCUAUGAAUGUGUAGUGGCUGUUGAUGUGGAAGGAGCUAAUUGGUGGCUCGUUGAUGUUCCUGAGCCACCAUACUAUGCUGAUUGUAUAGGUGGCGUAUUUCCAUCACAGGGACACUUGUAUUUUGCUGAGUCUGAUCGUUCUAAACUGUCAGUCUGGGUUCUUGAGGACUAUGUUACAGGAAAAUGGACUUUGAAGCACAAUGUGAGCCACUUGCACUUGUUCGGAAGAGAGUAUUCAUCAUUUGCGGAUUAUUAUAGUGUUAUUUCAAUCCAUCCAGAACACGGUUUGAUUUUUAUAGUCAGUGGAGAAGAGAAAACACUAAUGUCAUACGACAUGGAUUCCGGGGAGCUGUGUAUUUUACGCCAACUUGGAUGGGAAUGCAGGCCUCCUUAUGUUCCAUAUGUUCGCUUGUUUUCAGAGUCACUUGGAGAUGAGAACUAGAAGUCUUACUUGCGUAAUGCAGCUUCACAUAUGUCUUUCCAAUGAUAUUGGAGCUAGGUAUUGCAUACAAGCAACAGUGACUUGGGUAGAUCUUUAUGAAGUUGUGAUAGUUUUUGGACUGCACUAUGUAUGCUAUUCGGUCAACUCAGUAAUUGUGUUUGUGUUUUUGUGCUUAUAUGUAUUACCUCCCAAGUACCUAACUAUGGUUACUAUGAUCAUUCUGUUGAACCGUUA